AUACACGAUUCAAUUCUACCAGACACAAAUAAAAAUGGUGGUUUUGUAGUUUAGAUUGGCCCAAGAAAACAAUUUCUGUAACUUCAAGUAACAUACUAAUGAUAACAGAAGUUUUAUAAAGUGAAAAACGUUUUCAUGUUCAUUAAAAUUGCAGAAGUUCAACGGCUGCGAUUACGUGGUGUGUUAACAAAAGUCGUGUUUGACAAAUAACAGGUUGUUGGAGACACCGAUUUCGCUGCACUUUUAAAUGGUGUUAUUUUUAUCUGUAAUGAGAUUAUUUUAUUUGCAUUAACGUGUGCUUACCGGUGGCUAAUUCGAUCGUUGAAGCGUUUACCCAGGAGUAAUACUGAAGAAAGAAGAAGAGACUUCCAAGAGACCAUUCCAAUUAAUCAGCAUGUGACCCAAAUCUAAGAUUUCUCUUCUUUGUGUUCUACGGGUCCGAGCAUUUUACAAAUAGAGAGGCACCAGGAUAUCACACAAGGCGUAGCACCGCCGUAAGAGACCAGUAUUUGUCGGGAUAUGACAUUUUAUGGACCUGUCACGGUUGAGUUCAGCUCUCUGGGGGUCAGGUGCAUGAGACCCGCUUUUCAGCAAUAUUGUCUAAAUACAACAUAAAUGCACGCUCGGACUUUACUGCAGUCAGUCUUUUUGCGAUUAUAAGUACUCAUACCAGAAAUAAAUAUCUUGUGUUGUUUAAAUGCCCAUUCUCAUGUUUGUGUGUGCUCAACAAGUGUACAGUGGUAGUGCAACAUGAGGAUCAAGGAUUCAUCGCUGACAUCAAGCUGCCAGCAUUAGGAUGCCACAGGAUGGCUCACACAGAAAAUCACAGAUACAUUGUGCAGGUGUUUGUGGGUGCACUCUCAGCACAAUAUGAGGCUCUGUCAGUGGAAGCGUCCAAACAGACCAGCUCGGAUGAGAUAGUUUGUUGUAUUGCUGACAAACUAAACUUAAACAAUGGCUCUGGAGGACCAUAUGAACUGGCAGAGGUGGUGGGGGACGUGGUCAGCGGCGAGUGCAAGGAGCGCCGGCUCGGGCCCAACGAGUCGCCCGUGGCCGUCAUGCUACUGUGGCCCAACAGCACCUCCGGACAGUACUAUAGGUUCUACCUGCGUGAGAAAAUACCAGACGAACCGUGGAUGGAGAACUUUUCGGUCGACCCGCAGCUAAUAAAAGACUACUUCCAGAGGUUUCUAUAUCAGCCGAAAGACCGCGAAUAUCCAGACCUAUGCCAGCUACCGGAAUUAAAUGAACAGACACUAUUAGAUAACUUGAGAGCGAGAUUUGCGGCCGGAUACAUUUACACAUACGUUGGUUCUAUAUUAAUAGCUCUCAAUCCUUUCAAAUUCUAUCCUAUCUACAACCCGAAGUAUGUGAAGCUAUAUCAGAAUAAGAGGAUAGGGUCCAGUCUUCCGCCGCACAUUUUCGCGGUCGCCGACGCAGCUUACCAUCAUAUGGUCCGCGAGAGAAACAACCAGUGUAUAGUGAUUAGUGGAGAAAGUGGUUCCGGGAAAACAGAGAGUACGAAUUUCUUGCUACAUCAUUUGACGGCGCUCAGUCAGAAGGGUUCACACGGCAGCGGCGUCGAGCAAACGAUAUUAAGCGCGGGGCCGGUGUUAGAGGCGUUCGGCAACGCAAAAACUGCCCACAACAACAACUCCAGUCGUUUCGGGAAGUUCAUCCAAGUAAAUUAUAAGGAGAAUGGCAUGGUUCAUGGAGCCGUUGUGCAAAAGUAUCUGCUGGAGAAGUCUAGGAUAUGCAGUCAGGGGCGCAACGAGCGGAAUUAUCAUGUGUUUUACUACUUGUUGGCGGGUGCAUCGGAGCAGGAGAGGGAGCAACUGCAUUUGCUCAGUGUGGACAAGUAUCACUACCUGUCGCGCACGGGCUGCAGCGUGGUGCCGGGUGUGGACGAGCAGUACGAGUUCUCGCGCCUCAAGCAGUCCAUGGAGAUGGUUGGCUUCACCAUGGACAAACAGAGAAGACUCUUCGCUGUCCUGUCUGCGGUUCUGCUUCUAGGCAAUGUCGAGUUCCAACCUCAGCGCAAAUCAUAUCACCACGACGAGGCGGUGGGCGUGCGCAACCCCGAGGUGGUGUCGCUGAUCUCGUCGCUGCUGCGCGUCAAGCAGGAGACGUUACUGGCUGCCCUCACGUCCAAGCGCGCGCGCGCCUCGGGCGAGACGCUUGUCAUCAACUAUAGAAUGGGAGAAGCUAUAGCGACUCGCGAUGCAAUGGCCAAAUGCCUGUACGGCGCGCUGUUCGACUGGAUCGUCAUGCAGGUCAACCACGCGCUGCUUUCCAAGAAGGAUACGCUGCGGGAGCACCAGGGGCACAGUAUCGGCGUCCUAGACAUAUUCGGUUUCGAAGACUUCGGUCCCAGCAACAGCUUCGAGCAGCUUUGUAUCAACUACGCCAACGAGCACCUGCAGUACUACUUCAACCAGCACGUGUUCAAAUACGAACAGGAGGAGUACAGGCGGGAGGGCAUCCGGUGGACGGAUAUCGGCUUCUCAGACAACACGGGCUGCCUGCAGCUCAUCGAGGGCAAGCCGGGCGGCCUGCUGUGCGUGCUGGACGACCAGUGCAAUUUCCCGUGGGCGACAAACGACACGCUGCUACAAAAGUUCAACUCCGUGCACGAAGACAAUCCCUUCUAUGAGAAGCCGCAGCGGCGGGAACCGGCAUUCGUAGUGCGGCACUACGCCGGCAGGGUUAAAUACCAGGCGACAGCAAUGCGCGAGAAGAAUUUAGAUCUGAUGCGGCAGGACAUCGUGAGCGUGUUGAAGAACUCGUCGCUUGCGUUCGUUCGCGAGCUGGUCGGCGUGGACCCCGUUGCUGUGUUCCGAUGGGCCAUAGUUCGAGCUUUCUUCAGAGGGUACUUCGCGUUCCUGGAGGCGGGGCGGCGGCACCGCGGGCUGCGCGCGGACGGCGCCCGGGGCCCGCGCGCCGCGCCCGCCGCGCACGACGUCGCGCUCGGCCAACUGGCGACAGUGUCGUCAAUCAAUCUCGCAAUCAACCGCAUUGCAACGCCGCGCACGCCCGCCGUCACGCGCGCCGAGCCGCCUCCGAGACUCGGGGGGAAAGGGACAAAAAAUUACAGACUCGCCGAGACCCGCACGCGCCGCCUCGAGCGCGAGCGGGACGAGCGCACGUUUGACGACACCGACGUCAUGCAGCGCGCCAGCCAGAUCGUUAUGAAAUACAAGUCGUUCAGGCCGCGCGAGCGCGCCAAGAAGGGGCUCAAGAACCUGCAGUCCGUCAAGACCGUCGCAGGGAGGACCGCGGCGCUAGCGGGCAAGAGGAAGCAGCCGCUCACCGUGGCCGCGCAGUUCCAGCACUCGCUCGCCGCGCUCAUGGAGACGCUCAACCAGGCCAACCCCUUUUUCAUCAGAUGUAUAAAGUCCAACAGCGACAAAGUCCCAAACGUGUUCGACGAGGAAACCGUCCAACGUCAGCUGCGAUACACGGGCAUGCUGGAGACGGUCCGGAUCCGGCAGGCCGGAUACAACGUCCGGCUGACCUAUGAAGAAUUCAUACAGCUGUACCGGAUACUGCUGCCGAAGGGGCUGCUUAGCUCGCAGAUUGAUGUUAGGCACUUUCUGGCCAAGUUGAACUUGGAUAGAGAUAAUUAUCAGCUCGGUGCGACCAAGAUCUUCAUGCGCGAGAGCGAGCAGACGAAGCUGGAGUACAAGCUGCACCAGCAGAUCAUGGCGUCCAUUAUCACCAUCCAGCGCUGGUUCCGCGCCGUGCUGGAGCGCCACCGCUUCCUCGCGCUGCGCCGCGCCAGCCUGCUCAUCCAGGGCGCCUGCAGACAAUGGCUCCAGGCGCGGCACGAGGCCGCCACGAAGCUGCAGGCGUUCUUCCGCGGCAGCCGCGUGCGGCGCUGGUACGUGCGGCUGCGGGCCUCCGUGGUGGCCUUCCAGGCCGCGGCGCGCGGCUGCCUGCUGCGCCGCCGCCUGCCCGAGCGGCGCCGCCUGCCCGCGCCCGCGGCUGAGCAUGACCGAAAAGCGCCAAUCGUGUCGGAGACCGACGGCUUCAGCAAACGGCAAAGCAUCGACCAAAUUAGGAAUAUUAUUGAUUUACAAUUGAACAGGCUAAUACAAGAAGAGGCGGAGAGAAAAGAAACGAGAGAAAAACUAAGAGUGACGCAAUCUCUGCCCAUUCCGAGUGUGGAGAAAAAGCGCGAGAUCCUAAUCACAGACGCGACUACCACGCAAGUGACUUAUGGCAAGCGAAGAGUCUCCAAAACGCAGAAUAUUAUAGAGCAGCCGUUAAAACAAAGUAACUCAAGCGUAAACCAGUCGGAGGCGAACGAAUCGUCCCCAGAUGAGAGCUGGAGUGUGACCACGAACAAGUAUCCGCAGGGGGUCAUCCCUCCCAACAAGAUUACUCCCGAAGACCUGGCCAAUGAGCUCCUCUGGCUUAGGAUAGACCAAAAUUAUCUCAUGGCUGAAAAGAAUAAGAUUCGAGAAAGAGAAUUAGCAGAAUCGAUAGCAAGCAGUAGCGAAGAGUACCUGAGGCACGCCGGCGACUGGAGCCCCGCGGAUAGCUCCGACGCCAACAGGAGCGGCUCCAGAAGGGGUUCGCCCGCGGUGUACCAGCGCAGCCUGUCGAGCACGACGCUGGAGCCGCCGGCGCCGGCCCCGGCGCGCGCGCUGCUCAGCCUGCCGCCCGUGCGCCGCGAGCCCCGCGACCCGGCGCGCGCCCGCCCGCCGCCACAGAUUCAUGCGUGCUCCAGCCUCCAGCGCUCGGCGGAGGCGCCGGACGGGCCGCCCGCCGUGCCCGCGCGCGCCGCCCGCCGCUCGCCGCGCCGCGCGCCCGACCAGCCCGACGCCGACCACGGCGACCACCACGACAUCAAGCGGGCGGCGUCAGAGAUGAUGGGGCCGCUGCUGGAGGCGCCCCCGCUCCGCGGCGAGGUGCGGCGCCGCAACUCCGACCCCGAGCCGCGCCCCGCCGACCCGCGCUCCACCGACUACAUCGGCCAGACCACCAACGGCCUCUUCCGGAUCGCGGGCCAUAGGUUUCGGAAAGGCACCCGGUUCGCGAAAGGCGACAAAUGCGUGUACUGCCACCAGGCGAUCGACGCGUUCGUGACGCAGGGCCAGCGAUGCAUCGACUGCAAGCAGCUGUACCACACCAAGUGCAUCCAGAACAAGGGCGUCAUCACCAUGCCCUGCUCCAGCCCCGUCGCCGCGCCCGCCCGGGGCCGGCACAAAUACAGGAAACCGCACAUGGGCGCUGACCACAAGAGCUCGUCGAGCACGAACUUCAACCUCACCGGCACGUCCGAGUUCAUGGACCGCACCGACAAGAUCAUCUCCGACGCCAACGAGCUGCACGCCAUGCAGAACUUCAUCACCAAGAAGAUCUUCCAGAUGGAGUCCAGCGAGAAUGACAAGCAAUCUGAGGUGGACAGGGUAUUCAAGCACGCGCUACGCGAGUUCAAGGACAACCUGGUAGCAACGUACAGCGUGGUGGAGACGCGCGGCUCGGCGCUCAAGUACAAGGACCUGAUCGGCAACUUCCUGCACGUGAUGGAGACGGUGUGCGCGCGCGAGGGCUCCACGCUGUCCAUCACCAUGGGCGUCAACGCCUUCCGCGGGUUCAUGGACGAGUUCAUGAGCCAGCACGACGUCGACAAGGGGAGGACUAAGCGGAAAAAGGAUAAGAAGAGAAAAGUGGACGAUCCAAUACAGUACAAAGGGCACACGUUCAUUCUGUCAAUGAUAAACAUUCCUACGGAGUGCGAGAUCUGUAAGACAUUCUUCAUGUGGCCCAUCGAGCGGUCGCUCAUCUGCCAGACGUGUAAGCUUGCAUCACACAAGAAAUGCUACAUGAAGGUGCUGCAGUGCCGCAAGGAGGCGGGCGCGGCGUCGGCCGCCAUCGUGGGCGCCGUGGACGCGGGCGGCCGCGAGCAGCUCGGCGUCUGCCAGCGGGGAAAGGUGUUCGGUGUCCCUCUAAGCGAGCUCCCGACGGGCGACAGCAACAUCCCGAUAGUGGUGGACCGCCUCAUCACCACCAUCGAGAUGACCGGCCUCUACACCGAGGGACUCUACAGGAAAAGCGGACUCAGUUCCAAGGUGCGCGAGCUGCGGCGGCUGCUGGACGAGCGGCCCGAGGAGGGCGUGGAGCGGCUGGACCUGUACGCCGUGCACGUGCGCGCCUCCGUGCUCAAGGGCUUCUUCCGAGACCUGCCCGAGCCGCUGCUCACCUUCGACCUGUACGACGACUUCAUCAUCGCCGCCGACAUCUCCGACCCCGCGGAACGAGUAUCCAGUAUAUUUACGAUUCUAAGAAAGCUACCCAAGCCCAAUUUCGACCUGGUGGAGAGGCUAAUAUUCCACUUGGCGAGGGUAGCUUUAGGGGAAGAAAAUAACAGGAUGGGCCCGAACGCGCUGGCGAUCGUGUUCGCGCCGUGCAUCCUGCGCACGCACAAGGUGCAGCCCGCGCAGGACUCGCUGCACGACAUCGCGCGCCAGACCGCCUGCCUCGAGGCCAUCCUGUCCGACAAGAUCCGCACCGUCCGCGGCAUGCUGCAAGACAUCGCGACGCUGGACACGGCGUGCCACACGGCCACGGACCGGCUGUCCUCGCUGCGCAGCGCGCAGCCCGACGAGCGCCGCGAGGAGCGCCUGCUCGUCGGACACAUCUGCGAGAUUCAGAAAGAGAAGGCAAUACUUACGUCGAACCUGCCUACGCUUAUCAGGGCGACGUCGGACGACGACCUGCUGUCCGCCACGGAGCAGGACGGCGAGUUCGGCAGCACGGACGACCUCAGCGGGCUGUCGGCGCGCUCGCAGCGCCUGCUGCACCGCCAGCUGUCCUCCGACGACCCCAUCAUGGUGUAGCGCGCCGGGCCCGCCCCACUCGGCGCGCUCGCAGCGCCUGCUGCACCGCCAGCUGUCCUCCGACGACCCCAUCAUGGUGUAGCGCGCCGGGCCCGCCCCACUCGGCGCGCUCGCAGCGCCUGCUGCACCGCCAGCUGUCCUCCGACGACCCCAUCAUGGUGUAGCGCGCCGGGCCCGCCCCACUCGGCGCGCUCGCAGCGCCUGCUGCACCGCCAGCUGUCCUCCGACGACCCCAUCAUGGUGUAGCGCGCCGGGCCCGCCCCACUCGGCGCGCUCGCAGCGCCUGCUGCACCGCCAGCUGUCCUCCGACGACCCCAUCAUGGUGUAGCGCGCCGGGCCCGCCCCACUCGGCGCCGGGGGCCUCUCGCCGAGAAGCGCUUUUAUGACUAAUUAAUAAUUACCUGUUGCUACACCAAGAGACGGGGCGGCCAGGUUACUAUAUUUAGAAAACUAUGAAGAACGGCGGGACAUUGACCUCUCUAUUGUAUUCAGGAUGUACUUCUUAAUGUCCGAAGACCUUAAUGUCGUUACAUUGCAAUUACAAAAAAAAAACUGUUCAUACUAUUGGUUAUUAUUCCAUAAACUGGAGUGACUUUACAGAAGACCGGAGUACUUAAAUAGGAACGAAUUAAAUCUGCUUUAGGAAAAGUUUUUGAAUCAAUCGAUUUGAAUGAGCAGAAGUUUAUUGGUAAAUAUUUACUUAUACAGGUGCUGCUGCAAAAAAAAAUUUGGGCUAAUAUUAAUUGUCAUAGUCACUCCAAUUUAUGGUACACGACUGUUCAAAUUUGUGUCAAGCUCGAUAUAAGGAUAACCCUAAAAAAAGGAUCAGUCAGGAACUUGACAGUUUUCAAGCUACCCGUCAUUAGAAACUUGUUUUUAGGGGCUUUAUGGUGCGAAAAGCAAUCUAUUGUUUAGUUGUAGGGGUUGACGCCCAAAAGUGUACUAUUUAAAAUGAAGCCUAUUAGGAGGUUGUGUACAAAACUCAUCCGACCAGUUGCAUCGAUAUUCUUGCCGUGGUACCUUACGCUAUGGUAAGGAGAUGUGUUAGUCAUUAGUGUUGAUGUUUACUCGUACGGUGAAAUGUGAUCAUUGUGUCUUUAUUACGUUAAUGUUAAAAGGGCGUUCAGGUCCCGACGGACGCGCCAUUUUCGGUUCCUCGGUUUGUUAGUAUAUUGACAUCAGAAUGUCUUCAUGUUUGGUACUGUUAUUCCUACAAGACGUUGAUGUUUUUCUCGUUAUUGAAGUUACUAUAUUCUUGCCAGUAGUCUAGCCACGAGCAGUCACCGCCGAAGGCAAACUAGACGAGUACUUAAAUAGUUAUAGUGAUCUCAUACAAUGAUUUAAAAGUGUAUGGUAAGACUUUAACAUUCCGUUAUGCGUUGACCACACGCGAAACAUUCCAAAUUUCACAUAUUAGAGAUUUGAGGCGAAAUGUGUCCACAUAACUGAAAGUGGAAGAAAACGAAUUAAUAGUUUGUCUCCGGCCAGCAGCGAACUGAGCUCUGCAGUGAACGUUCUUGAGUGAUUCCUUGUUUUUUAGUUUGAAACUCAUUCAGAAUUUUAUUAUAGCGUCAGACCAAGAUAACUCUGUAGCGUACUUUUUAUAGCACAGACGUGCAAGUGUUAUUUAAACGUCAUAAUUUCAUAGAAGUUUGUUGUUUAUAGUAACACUUUCACAUUUAUGCUAUAAAUAUUGCUGCAGUUAUCUUGGUCUGACUCUACAUGCCUUGAGGGUUUUGUUUAUCAAAAUCAUUACCAGAUUUGAAGAACAAAACGCAGUAAAACAACAAAUACAUAUAAUAAAACUUAAAAAACUAUUUAUAAAACGCUGAGUUCAGUCGCGUUGUCGACUGCGCUCGUGUCGCUGCGACUGCAGUAGAAAGAGCUUACUCGGGACGGCGCGCACGUCCUCCCGCGCGUGUACAAAUGAUAAUUAUGAAAAGUAUUUUUCAUACAAACUUUAUCUUUGCACCAACAUUAUAUUUUAAGAUAUGUUUUCUGUCUGUACAGUCAGCGUCAAAUACUUUGUAGCAGUCAAAGUGGCCAAAUAGUUCGGUACACCAUACUAAAUAUAUGGUGUACCGAACUAUUUGGCUACUUUGGUUGCUAUAAAGUAUUUGACGCUGACUGUACAUAUGUAAACGUUAACCAAAUUAGCAAUUUGGAUUUAUAGUUCGAUACGAGUAUGUUAAAUUGAGAUUUUUCAUUAUUUAGGUGAUAGUAUGUCGAUUGUGAUUUAAAUUCCGUAAUAGAAGAAACAACUAUUUUUAUCAAUUGUAAUCAGUCAUUAUAUUUUUUUACUCUAGAACUUGUUUUAACUGUUCUGUUUUCAUUUUUAAAAUGAUCAUGCUUAAUUUCCGCCAUGACAUACGCAGUCAGGUUGCCAUAUACGACUACACAAACAGAUUACAAUAACUAGUAAAUGUACCUACUUCGCUUUAUACUUUUAAUUUCGCUUCGUUAUCUAAAGACUGUCUAUUAAUAAGCUAUUGAAUUUAUUAUUAAGUCACAAAUAUUUUACCUGCUUUUUCUAAUAUUACUUAGUCAACUAUUAUACAACGAAUAUCUGAGAAAUUUAUCAUUUAAUUAUAUUUAUAUAUUCAUGUUGUACCUUUGACCAAGACGAGGUAUGUCGCUCAAUUAUAUUCAGGAUGGCGCUUUCUAUUAAGUUUAAUUUGGAUCCGUAAUACAACGUUUAUUAUGCCAUAAUAUCCGUGUAGAAUCUCAAAAGGGCGAUGACUUAUUUAAGUUAUUUGUAAAUUAGUAGAAAUUAAUUAUUCAGACGCUUGUUAAGUUAACAAUCAAGUGCAAAGCAUUGGGGUCCUGCGUUGCCAGGGCGACGCCGUCAAAUUGCAUAUAUAUUCUGUGCCUUUUAUAUUUUGUGAGAAUUGCAAUUAUUGGCGUGUUUUAUUGUUGGUGCUCGCUGUGGUCGAUACUCCCAGUAAAAUUCUAUUUUAUCGCUACCCUGUUAAAUGCAUAUUACGUUUAAUUCGUAUUUUGUAGAAUUAUCCAAUUUUCAAACUACCUUGAGCAAUGGGAACAUACUCUACUCAUAGGUCUUUUUAACAUAAGUUAUGAGUUUUGUAUAGAAUUAUAACUGUAUAAUUAAAAACUAUGGACACUUUAGAAGUGUAUGUAAAUUAAGUUUCUUUUAGCAUUUUUUAAUUAUGUAAAUAUUUUUAUUAGUUUUAAAACGAUUUUAGCAAAGUACCACAUUUUAUCUAAGAAACUGCUAAAACUCUUUAUUACGUAAACAAUUUAAUUUCUAAAAGUGCCUAUCAAUUUUAUUGUUUCAUAUGUAUAUGCCCUUCAGGUGCCUAUAUAAAAAAAUAGCAAAAUGAAAAUGUUAUCAGUAUGUAGUCAUUAACAGAUGUAUUGAAAAGGCCUGCUCGGGGCGUUACGUCGUCGUUGACCCUGUUGCUAUAAUGUUACGUAUGGCCUGUCGAUGUCUACUACGAACUUAUCAAGUACCUAUCAUGUCUAAUGUAAAUUUAAAACGCGCUUUGGCCAAUUCUAUUGUGACUAUCGCUUGCGGCAAAUAGCAUUCUUUAUAUUUAAACAAAUAUUUGACAUGAUAUUACUUUGAUAUUUUACCAAUUACUAAAUAUUAUGAUCUAGAGACGUUUGUUUAGUAUGAUUAGUGUGCUAAGGACCAAUACUAUGCCGUUCAAGUUUUGUUAGAUCAUAUUUCUGUAUGCUAUUUGACUGUGAACAUCCUAUGUAAUUGUUAAUCUUGUAAUAUACUAAUAACAUGUAUAUUGUUCAAUUUAUUGUUAGGGAUCCUAUAAUGUGUCAAUAUAUGGAAAUGUAACCAAAAUGUUAUACUGUAUACAAACUAUGAAAAAAAUAAAAAUUGCUGUGGAAUCAAA